AGCAGAAUCUCUCGUCUCAAAAUCGUUCAAUCGAGGGGCGACGAAACAUCGUCGACAUUCAAGCCAUUGCUGGAAUAUUUGAUUAGAACAAAUUUCAAACGCCUGUACGUCAGAUUUGAAGGUUCUCAGUCAGAGCAGUGCGCAAGUUUUGUCGUGCUCCGAAUGCCAAGCAUUUGGUUUCGAAGCAGUCUGUCACACGGGUGUUAGAUUUUGCAUGCGUGCAUGCUGGCCACGAGGAGAAAGAGGAUAGGAAUCGAUUACGUUUGGAAGCAGUGAAAGGCGCGGAGGCGGGGAGGAGGAAGAGCUGUGUUUUGCAAUGCCAGACAUCGUGACCUUCGUGUCUUCGGAGUGUCAUGGUGGGACGUCCUUUGUCGGUCUUGAGUUGCGUUCAUGAGUGGCAGAAAAUAUCGAUCGGAGGAGGGGGCUUUAGAUGACAGCUUACGGUGAUGCGUCAUGUAUGUUUCCAAUCCGAUGAUGGCGAUUAUUGGCUGUCAGGUUCAAUCCACCUGUGGGAUUCUCGUCGGUGGAAAGGGGUCGCACUUGUCCCUUGAAAAUUGCUCAAGAAAUUCUGGAUUGCAGAGAUGGGAGAAAUUUCGUCGGUGCACAGUUGGUCUCCGAGUGCGAGGAGGGGUGUCGAGUGAUGGUCAGUUGGAAAGUUUACCUUCUUUUGAGCGAGGGAAGCGUUUGAGCGAAUUGAGCACAUUGGGAAUCGGCGGCCCGGCUAAAUAUUUUGUUGAGGUGCACGAUGAGUCUCAGAUGUCUACUGCAAUUAGAAUAUGUCGAGAAAACAACAUUCGAUGCUUCAUCGUGGGGAAGGGGUCCAAUUGCCUCUUUGAUGACAGAGGAUUUGAUGGCUGUGUCAUCCUCAACUCCCUGAAGUUUCUCGAAAGGCAAGGGAGGGGAGUAUACAGAGUGGGAAGUGGCUAUCCAUUCAACACUCUAGGUAUACAAACCUCGAAAGAUGGAUUCACGGGACUCGAAUUCGCUUCUGGAAUUCCUGGCACUGUUGGCGGUGCGAUUUUUAUGAAUGCUUCCGCAAACGGCCAGGAAACUGCUAACGCUCUCAAAUCGGUCGAAGUUUUAUGCGCUGAUGGAGAGAGGAUUGUUCACACCAAAGGACAGAGCGACCUUGUGGUGUAUGGUUAUCGUCUCUCACCUUACCAAACAAUGCCAGGGUUCAUGGCCAUUCUUGCUGCAACUUUUGAACUCGAGCCUUGUCUGGACGCAAGACAGAGGCACAAAUCUCUUCUGGAGAGGAGAAGGAAAACACAACCUGUUGCGGCGAAAAGUGCAGGUUGCAUUUUUCGGAAUCCUGGUACAGGAUCCCAGUCAGCGGGUGCACUGAUUGAGCAAGCAGGUUUGAAAGGUAUAGAAGUUGGCCGAGCAAAAGUUUCAAAUAUUCACGCCAACUUUCUCCUCAAUGCUGGAGGUUCAAGCGCUGCAGACAUGAUUACUUUGAUCGAACUUGUUAAGGAACAAGUCAAGAGGAAGCUAGGAGUUGAUCUUCGGGAGGAAGUUAUUUAUGUCCCUUACAGUUAAGUUGAUCAUGCACGAAGUUGGCACAGCUCGUCCGCAUCUCGUCCGCAUCUAUGACUGACAUACAUGCAGCGAGUUGCCUGUACAAGUCGUUUGAGCGCCACGGAGGUAACAAGAAGAGUUGCAACAUGAAUGCGCUUAUGCUUACCUGCAACUUUACCUUCAAGUUAUCAAAUAGUUAGAACCUGUCAGAGCUGUAUAGUAGUUGAUUGUAUAUGCCGAGCUCAUCGAUAUCAUCGUCAGACCAUCUUUACUUCAAAAUUGCUGUCGUUAGUGCUGAUCAACAUCUUUGAGAGUCUGGUGCCAUUAUUUGAUUGAUGAAGUAAUAAAUAGAAAGUCAUGCUCGCCAUGGCUUGUUUAUAAUUUUCUGCUUUCCCC